UUUAUUCAAUUAAAAGCAACAUGAUUAGAAAGCUGUUUCUGAUUUUCGUGCUCUUCUCUUACGAAGGUCUUUGUCUGACAGAGAUCAGGCUAGCGGAUAGGAAUAUAGCCUAUACGAGAAACGAGUUUUAUGCACCUUCUAUUGCUAUCCCUAAACUUUGGAUCGACACUUUGAGGUCUUGCCACAUUAUCUUUCCAAAUGGAGUUAUGUAUGAAGUUUACCCUACAAGCGCAAUUCCUUCACAGAAUGUAUAUUUCUUGAAAGCACUUAUACCAGAAUUCCAGAACUGUGCUGUUGGAUUUAGAAAUAAUAUCCCUACAAGUUACAGUGGUACUUAUGAGUUAGUGUCCACUGUUCUACACUCAGAAGACAAUAGCGUCUCUGUUACAAGGCAAAGAAAUAACUUAGUUAUCAGUGAAAGAACAUAAAUUCUGCGAAUUUUUUUUUUCUAAAAAUUCGGUAAGAAUUUUUUGAAAAGGUCUAUCUAACCUGGUUAAUAUAAGAGAUUAUAUUAUAAAGGUAUUGAAAAUAUUGUAAGUUGAUAAUGAUAAAGUUUGAAUACAUUUAUUUCAGAAUUUAAAA